AUGUCGCGACGCUAUGAUUCGCGCACGACCACCUUCUCGCCAGAAGGGCGGCUGUUCCAGGUCGAGUAUGCCAUGGAGGCCAUCUCGCACGCUGGCACAUGCUUGGGUAUCCUCUCCAAGGACGGGAUUGUCAUCGCGGGGGAGAAGAAGGUUACAAGCAAGUUGCUAGAGCAAGAUACCAGCUCAGAAAAGAUCUAUGCGCUCAGCGAUAACUGCAUCGCCGGCGUAGCGGGGAUGACGGCAGAUGCAAACUCGCUCGUCAACUACGCACGCAACCAAGCGCAGGUCUACCUGCGGUCUUACGAUGACGACAUGCCCAUCGAGCAACUCACGCAGCGGCUCUGCGACCUCAAGCAAGGAUACACACAAUACGGAGGUCUUCGGCCAUUCGGCGUCUCCAUCUUAUACGCUGGCUACGACCCGCACCACCAGUUCCAGCUGUACCACUCGGAUCCCUCAGGCAACUACUCUGGCUGGAAAGCGACUUGCAUUGGCAACAACAACGGCACCGCUACCUCUCUGCUAAAGCAGGACUAUAAGGAGGACAUCAGUUUGCAAGAUGCGAUGGGGCUCGCACUCAAGGUGCUCAGCAAGACGAUGGACAGCACCAGCCUGGACAGCGAAAAGCUCGAAUUCGCGACCAUGUCGCUAGACAAACGAACAGGCAAACCACACGGCAAGAUCUUCAGACCGAAAGAGAUUGACGCGCUGCUUGAGAAGCACGGUCUCGCGAAGCCAAAGGAGGGUGAAGCCUCGGGGGGGGCAUCAACUUCCACCACAGCCGCCGCCCCCAUGGUUGUUGACUCGUGA